GGGUUAAGUGUAUAUUCCCUCUGGGGUUAUUUGACAAAUAACUUUUACUACAAUAAAGAAAAAGGGACCAGGACCUGACAAAGCUCAAGUUUAGGGGACAAUAGAUCUCUGCCUUCCUCUGUAUUAUAUAGGAAAUAUUAAGCGCUAAAUUCAUUAACUUGCCUUUUUAUUCUCUUUUCUAUACAGAUUGCUACAGAGCUUUUCCUGCUUUUUUUGGACUGUGAUUUUGCUGCUACACCUGCCUGAUAACACCUGGGUUUAUUUUUGGCUUCUCCAUUGUUCAGUCACAUCCAUCUUCAUCUGAACAGUGUAAGAGAGAGCCAGGGGUUCCUUAGGGAGACCCCCUUGGGGUGCCCCGGCCUUGUGCCGCCCCCUAUUUUUUUAACAUCGGAGAAUCUUCUUGAAGAGGUGUCGACGAUGGAGGAGAUAACGAUCAAGACAUCUCUCCUGACGCUGUACGUCGUCCUGGAGGACUUCAGGGAGGAAGACACCGACUUUAAGGCCCUUGCCUCUUAUUACGAACAUCACUACCGGGUCCACUUCGGCAAGAACGUCGUCCUAGAGGACUUUCUUCUUCUCUAUUACAUCGACCCGAGGACGACGCACAGAGACAACAUUUACGAGUACUGGGUGAUGAUCGAUUAUCUGGAAGUGCUCGAGAGGGAGUGUGUCGCCCUCUACAGUGAGGAGUUGCUGCCUCCUGAAGCAUCAUCGGAACACUGGAGAUGGGGGCAGCAUUUCGAGUAUCUGCGGCUGCAGAAUACUAUCCAAUGGCACCUUCACCAGCUUGCCAUGACGCUCUGGGAGAGGGAGCAGAAGCUGCAGGAGGCUGCUGGUGAGGAACAAAAGGCAAGUCCUGCAGCUGAGGGAGAGGACAAAGGAGCUCCUGCAGUGGAGGAGAGAGAAGACGGAGCUCCUGUAGAAGAACAAGCUCCUGCUGCGGAGGAGGAGAGAGACGAGGGAGCCUCAGGGGAACAACAAGCUCCUGCACCGGAGGAGGAGAAAGCAGAGGGAGCUCCUGAAGAAAAACCAGCUCCUGCUGCAGAGAGAGAAGAGGGAGCUCCUGGAGAACAGCAAGCUCCUGCAGCCGAGGAGGAGAAGGAAGAGGGGACUGAUGGAGAACAACCAGCUCCUGCAGUGGAGGAAGAGAAGGAAGACGGAGCUCCAGGAGAACAACCAGCUCCUGCAGUGAAGGAGGAGAGAGAAGAGGAAGCCUCUGAGGAAAAAACAGCUCCUGUAGCAGAGGAGAAGGAGAGAGAAGAGGGAGCUCUUGGACAACAGCAAGCUCCUGCUGCAGAGAGAGAAGAGAGAGCUCCGGCAGCAGAGGAGGUGAAGGAGGAUGGAGCUCAAGAAGAACAUCAAGCUCCUGCAGCGGAAGAGGAGGAGAGAGAAGAGGGAGCCCCUGGACAAGAGCAAGCUCCUGCUGAGGAGGAGGAGAGAGAGGAGGGAGCCCCUAGGAAACAACCAGCUCCUGCAGCGGAGGAAGAGAAGGAAGACGGAGCUCCAGGAGAACAACAAGCUCCUGCUGCUGCGGAGGAGAGAGAAGAGGGAGCCCCUAGGGAAGAACCAGCUCCUACACCGGAGGAGGAGAAUGAAGAGGAAGCAGCUAAAGAACAAGCUCCUGAGGUGGAAGAGACCAUCGAAGAUCCUCCGGUGGUAGAAAGGCCGACCCUCCGAAAACGGGUCAGGAAGGCCAUAAUGAAGAGGCUCCGUAGGGUUUGGCAUUCCACCCAAAGACUCACCUGCUGCCGCCGACCCUCCACCACGGCCUAAAUCCUUUCCUUCCAACCUACCUAUCCCGAGAGCGUAUGUCUGUGUGUGUCUGUCUGUUAUGUACAGGAGGGAGAGUGGGGGUUGUGUACAGGAGGGAGAGAAGGGGGUUAUGUACAGGAGGGAGAGUAGG